GUCAAUACAAACCUUUUUGACCAAAUAUAGGUUGCAGAAUAAUUGUCAUGUGGGUUGUUUAGAACAAGGUUGUUUCUUUACAAAAAUAUACAAUAAGUAUCUGCCAACUUUUAAGCCCUUGCGCUGUUGACUCUUUUACCCUAGUCCCUAAAUAUGGAAGGAAGCAUAUGGAGGUACAAAUGUGGAAGUCUGUUGAAUAUCAAAAGUGAAACUAAUGUCAACUCUGGGGAGUGAACGGUAGGCUUCCCUUACCAAUCGGCAGACUUGUUUGUAGACUUCUACGAUAACAAAGUGAUUAUUUAUAAACAUUCAAAAUAUGAACGUUCAUAAAUUCCCAGUGUUCUUCGAGGUCCCCAGUCUGGAUGCAGAACAAAAAGGAAAUAUAGAAAAGUACUUUAAGAUUCGCCGGAAAUCUGGUGGUGGAGACUGCAGUUCUAUACACAAAGUUGGUGAAAAUAUCUACCAGAUUGCAUUUACUGACCAGGCAGACCAGGAGAGAGUACUUCAGAGAACUAAUCAUGUGUUGGAGCUGCCUGGGGGAACUCUUUCCCUCAAUCUGAGAGGCAGCCUGGAUCCUUCAACCACAACACUCCCCCAUGACUUCAGACAGUUGGCAUCACCACCUGAUGGCCCAGAGCAUGAACUUCAUCUAGAUUCUUACCUCCUGCGCUACCUAAAGGAGAGCCCUGGGGCUGGACGAGACCUUCAGCAAAAGCUGUCCUCUUUGGGCUGCUCUGUCCAGCUCCUUUCAGAGGAGGGGAGAGCAGUGGUUAGAGGCUCAGGCCAAGCUGAGUUAUGCAGAGCUGGGGUUGAGGAUGGUACUGAGCUGGGACGAUGGAAGUUAGAGGUAGAGAAACUGUUUGAACAGCUUGUGGACCGGUACAAAUGCCACUAUGAAAUGGACCCACGUAAGGUCCACACUCUGCUGCAGAGCAGUACCCUGGGUUCAGAGGACGUGAGGGUGUACGAGGAGGGGGGAGAAGGGUUUGCUGUGGUGGUUGGGGAGGGUUCUGAGGUUCAGGCCAAGCUGAAGGAGAUUGAGGCCAACCUGGUUCAGCAUCUGAGCUCAACAAAUCAGGCAAAGAUCAGAACCGUAUGUCUACUGGGACAGGCUAAGCUCCGCCUUCUUGGGGAAGUGAUAGAGAAGGAUUUAGGUGAGUUUGUGCCAGGGGUGAAGGUAACACGCGUUGACUCAACUCAGUUGGUGCUGGAGGGCUCGGCAAAUGAAGUCCGGACAGCCAGGCAGUUGGUUACAGAUAAAACCUCUCUGGUGAUGGAGCGAGUAGUGUCUGGGGUGUCCCCCAACCUCCUGACUUUUCUGAGUGAGGCAUAUGGUAGGCCUGGGUCCCUGGGCAGCCUGCUGGGAUUUGGAAGCCAGGUGCAGGUGGAUCUAGGGGUCACAGAGCUCCGGUUGUUUGCACUCUCCCCUGAGAAACUUGACCAGGCAGAGAAGGCUCUGCUGGGGGAGUUUGGGGAGGAGAUGAUUGACGUACCCAAUUGUGACCCACUUGAACUAACGUCCACCAUUGAGAAGAAGGUGAUGGAGAUGAACCAACACAGACGCAGGGUGGUGGCCAGGUAUGUCCCUGGUUGUCGAGUGCAGCUGCUGGGCCACUUUAAGGAGGUUCAGGAGCUGAGAGAAGAAAUCCAAGCCUUUCUGAUUGACUGGGCCAGUGCAAGAGCAGUGGGAUGUCCUCAACCGUACCAGAGUGGCUUAGUCAGCGAAGCAGGCAUCAACUCUAGAUGGGAAGAGACGGUUGCAGACGCCAUCUAUUCCCUCCCAUGGGGGCUGCAGGUUGUGGUGCGUCAGGGGGACAUCACCAAGGAAAAAGCGGAUGCGCUGGUAAAUGCUGCCAAUGGGGAUCUGGAUCACGCUGGAGGUGUGGCUGCAGCUCUGAGUCGGGCAGGGGGGCCUGAGGUACAGCAGGCCAGCAGGGAUCUGGUUAGGCAGGUUGGAAGAUUAGGUACAGGUAGUGUGGUAGAGACCACUGGAGGGAAGCUGCCGUGCAAGAUGCUGCUGCAUGCUGUGGGACCAGUAGGGGGCAGCGGGAAUGAGCGCCCUCUACUGGAGAAGACGGUAAAGACAGCCCUGGAUCUAGCAGAGACCCUGGAGCUCCAGACCCUGGCCAUGCCCUGCAUCAGCUCAGGGAUAUUUGGGGUUCCUCUGAAGGUGUGCUCCGAGGCCAUAGUCUCUGCUGUGAGGGACUUUGGGAGGGAAAAACGCAUCCUUACCAAGGUCACUCUGAUUGAUGUACGUGCAGAAGUGGUGAAAGCCAUGCAGGAGGCCUGUGAUAGGCUGUUACUGGGGAGGAGGGAAUCAUCUGAGCAGAAGGGAUGGUCCAGGACAACUACUACUGUCGAAGAAACCAGCUAUUACCUCCCAUGGGGGCUGCAGGUUGUGGUGCGUCAGGGGGACAUCACCAAGGAAGAAGCAGAUGCGCUGGUAAAUGCUGCCAAUGGGGAUCUGGAUCACGGUGGAGGUGUGGCUGCAGCUCUGAGUCGGGCAGGGGGGCCUGAGGUAAAGCAGGCCAGCAGGGAUCUGGUUAGGAAGGUAGGUAGAUUAGCUACAGGUAGUGUGGUAGAGACCACUGGAGGGAAGCUGCCGUGCAAGAUGCUGCUGCAUGCUGUGGGACCAGUAGGGGGCCGCGGGAAUGAGCGCCCUCUACUGGAGAAGACGGUAAAGACAGCCCUGGAUCUAGCAGAGACCCUGGAGCUCCAGACCCUGGCCAUGCCCUGCAUCAGCUCAGGGAUAUUUGGGGUUCCUCUGAAGGUGUGCUCCGAGGCCAUAGUCUCUGCUGUGAGGGACUUUGGGAGGGAACAACGCAUCCUUACCAAGGUCACUCUGAUUGAUGUACGUGCAGAGGUGGUGAGAGCCAUGCAAGAGGCCUGUGAUAGGCUGUUACUGGGGAGGAAGGAAUCAUCUGAGCAGAAGGGAGGGUCCAGGACCACCACUACCACCACAAAUACUUCUCAUGGGGACACUGAUACUUACACCAGGGGAGCAGUCGCUUCAGAGGGCUGUGUCCAGGUAGAGAUUGUCCAGGGAACCAUAGAGAAGCAGCAGGUGGAUGCCCUGGUGUCCCCCAUGAUUGGGAGUGACCCUCUGUCCUCUCGUGUUGGGAAGGUCCUUUCAGAGGCUGCUGGACCCGAGCUACUGGCAAAGUUUCGGAGGGGAUCACGAGAUCUAACUGCUCCUGGUGACACCGUCCUGGUGGAGGAGUUGUCUGGUUUGCGGUCUAGCCGUGUGUUCUUCCUCAGCUGUGCCCACUAUAGGAACACUCCAGCAGUACAGGCUCUGAGGCAGGGUGUGAGGAAUAUCCUGACCUCCUGUGAUGACCAAGGACUCCUGUCCAUUGCUUUCCCAGUGGAUGGAACCAUUUUUGAUCUCCAGUUCCCUCACAAUGUGGCAGCGCAGACUCUGCUCGAAGAGAUCCAUAGAUAUGAGCAGAUCAGAUUAAACAGACGUCCCUUCCUGGUACGCAUCCUUGUCCAACCCAAUGACAUAGAGUCUACCAAGGCAUUCCAGACCGCCCAGAAUGCUUUGCAUGUAACCGGUUUCAAAAUGGUUGUUCGUCCAGAGGAAAACAACUGGAGCGCGCUCCUGGGAAGAACCUGCAUUGUACAGUAAUUUUUUGUCCAAGCUCAGUCCAAGAAACAUCACUGUGACUGAUACAUCUGGAUUAUGUGAUACUAACGUUCCUGAAUUGAAACCUAUAGUUUAAUGUGUUACAAUGUUCUCCAGAGGCACAUGCCUUUCUCAUUGUUAUAAAAGUAGAAGGGUACACAGUCCACGAGAAAGAAACCAUAACCAGAGGUCUUCAAAUGUGCCUCAUGGCUCUUCACUUAUGGGGGAAGCUCAGCAGUUUGACCAUUGAGCCCAAGAACUUGUAUACAAUGCCACUGGGAAGUAUUCAGACCCCAUCACCUUUUCUACAUGUUGUUGUGUUACUUCAUUUAUAAUUGAUAAAAUAUUGUUUGCCCUCAAUCAAUACACUACACCAUAAUAACAGUGCGAAAACGUAACAAUAUAUUUGUUUUAAUGCUAUUUAAAUGGGAUUUCACUAAAGUUAUUCAUAAAGCCCCUAUGACGUCUAUUGAUUUAUUUUCAGCUAGCGGUGGUUAAAGUUAGCUAAAGUUUGCCAUGGCUGUAAGAAAAUGUAACCAUGGAUUUCUUGUUGCCAGUAAACCACUAUCAGGGUGUGGAAUCCUUUAACCUUAAAGCACCUUCCAUUGUAAUAUCAGAAAAUGUCCAUAAUAUUCAGUACCUGCAGUUAUAGUGGAAUGAUAGUGUUUCUUAACGUUUAUUCACCUAGAAAUAUGUUUAGUCUCUACAAAAGCAGAUUUUAAAAUGCUGACUUUCUGCUGCUGUUUUCAAAGAAAUUCUGUCAUCAGCCUCACAAAGAGAACUGAUUACCUUUCCUCAUAUACAUGGAUAAACCAUAGCAGAAUGGGUCAAGCAAAGUAAAAUCUUUAUUCUGGCCACAGAGAUUAACACGAAGGUUAUUCCUGUCAUGGAAAACGUCAUUUCUACCAAGAAAUGUGCACAAAUGUUCUUGUUUGUUGUCAACUGUGUUAUAAAGGGAGGAUAAACACCUGUGUUUAUAUACCAAUAUAUACUUUGUUUAUAUAUAUCAGUGGCUCCCAACCUUUUUCAGUUACUGUACCCCCAAAAAUAAUUUGCACUGCUUGGAGUACCCCUGAAGUAC